AUGGGUCAGCCCAUACAGCACGCUGGCCAGACCCACUCCCAGAACCCCGUCACAGAUGUACCGGGCCAGCACGAAGAGUGGGAGUGGGAGUAUGAGUACGACCAGAAUGCCACCGAGGACUACUACCUGACCCUGGACCUGACAACUCAUGUGCCCGACGCCUUCGUCCAAAGAGGAGAGCGUGUGACCGCACGCAAAAAGUUCAACGCCCACGCAUCUGUCACUCGACGAAACGAUGCGAACAGCGAAGAAGAGGAAACAGCUUCUGGCGAGGACGACCCGUCCACUUCUGCAGGCAAGCUCCAGCUUGUUGACCUGCACACCGAGAAUCCACUCGUGAAGCUCGACGAUAAUAUCUACUCUUGCCAAUGGGCCACAGACCUCGGUACUCAGUUUCAUAUCGCCAAGGCGGGUGACAUUCCCAAUCCUCGCCGACUGGGCACCGUUCUGGAUGUUAUCGCUACCACGCGCACUAGGCUCCUCGGCAAACCUGCAGAUCUGCGUCCGCGACAUGCACGACUGGAUGCCAUAGCCAACACCACUGGAGGAGAUCCGCAACGUGCGAAUGACGCCGAUGGCGAUUAUGAUCCCGAAAAGGGGCAGCGCGACCUCUCGUCUGCUUCAGGCUGGCAGGUUGAGCCUGGCAAGCCACUCAAGAUCCCUCGUGAUCUCUACACCACCGAGAACGGCCGUGCACAAGCCUCAUUCUUGGAGCGUCUCUCGGAAAUCAAAUUGAAGAAGGGCGAGAAGGAUCAAGUCCCGCCACACACCAUCAAGAUCCAUGAGAUGCCUGCCAAUGCGGAUGAGAUACGUCGAGCUGCCCUCGAAGCUGAUGCUGAGAAAGAAAGAGAGAAGACGGCAGAAAAGGCCGCUGCUAGUCAGCAAAGGCAGGUCAAAAAACGACGCAAAUUGACGCAUAGUGAAAAGGGCGUUGAGGAGCUGCAAAGCGCGAAGCUGGCUGGCCGACAUUCCAGGGAGACUGUGGCCGCCAGACUGGGAUUUCAAGAGGCGCACUCGCUAUCGACACCCUCUGCUAGCCCGUCGAGCUUUUUGGCCAGUCCGUCCAUUCUCACGGGACAGUACAAAGCUUCCACGGAUUCAUCAGGUAGGACAACUUUGAGAGAUGUCGCUAUAACAGAGAACCAAGCAACGUCGUCACGAGACAUGGGGACAGAACACGCCACACCUCAGCAAGGCGCAUCAGAUGACCGCGGAGGGCGCUCAGAAGCUGCCGCGCAAAACACUCCCGAGGUAGCCUUACAGACUGAAACAGCGCCGCCGGAUGCAGGAUUUGCACAGGCAGGGCCCUCAGAUGCUUCAUUACGCACCUCGACUGCACCGACUACUGGUUCCGCAGUGGAACACAGCGCAUCAACUCACACCAGCGCUUACGCUUCAUCACCCGAAGCGCAAGCUACGCAAAACCUGUCCCAACCAGGCGUAUCUGCCGACACUACAGCUGCGCGAGUAUCGAGCACUCAAGAUCCGCUCACAUGA